GGCCUUUGGUGGGCAGUGGGCAGCCCAUUAGUCAUGGAUCCCAACAGCAUCUGUCGGAAGACCAAGCGCCUGGCAGGGAAACAGGCCGAGUUGUGCCAGACAGAACCAGAGAUUGUACAAGAAGUCGCCAAAGGAGCCAGACUGGGUGUGCGUGAGUGCCAGUACCAAUUUCGUUUUCGGCGCUGGAACUGCACCAGCCACAGCAAAUACUUUGGGAAGAUCCUACAGCAGGAUAUCCGGGAGACGGCCUUUGUGUAUGCCAUCACAGCAGCUGGUGUUAGCCAUGCGGUCACCCAGGCCUGCAGCAUGGGCGACCUGCUGCAGUGUGGCUGCGAGGCAACUCGGAGCAGGGCACCUCCUCUGCCACCUGCCAUCAUGGGAUCAGAGAGCUCUGCUUGGGAAUGGGGUGGCUGUGGGGAUGAUGUUGACUUUGGCUAUGAGAAAUCCCGGCAGUUCAUGGAUGCUAAGCGCAAGCGUGGCAAAAGUGACAUUCGGACUCUUAUUGACCUGCACAACAAUGAAGCAGGGAGACUGGCAGUGAAAAACCACAUGCGGACCGAGUGCAAGUGUCAUGGCCUUUCAGGUUCCUGUGCCUUACGCACCUGUUGGAAGAAGAUGCCUCCUUUCCGGGAAGUGGGUGACCGCCUGCUUGAACGUUUUAAUGGGGCUUUUAAAGUGAUGGGGGGCAACGAUGGCAAAACACUCAUCCCUGUGGGUCGGAACAUGAAACCCCCUGACCAGCAGGACCUCAUCUAUUCUGCCGACUCGCCAGACUUCUGCAUUGCUAACCGCAAGACGGGCUCGUUGGGCACACGUGGGCGGGUGUGCAAUAGCACUGCCAUGGACAUGAGUGGAUGUGACCUGCUCUGCUGUGGACGGGGCCAUCGUGAGGAGACACUGCUCCUGGAAGAGAACUGCCUUUGCCGCUUUCAUUGGUGCUGUGUAGUUCAGUGCCGGAAAUGCACAGUGCGCAAAGAGCUCAGCUUAUGUAUUUGA